AUGGACGCAUUGGAAUAUGACGAAGAAUUCCUCUACUCUCUCAGAGUAAACGACCUGGAAGAGGCGGUAAAACUCCUGAAUGCAAAGGUGAUAUCGGGACCAAAUUAUGCAAAUGAAGAUGGGAAUACGGCACUUCAUUAUGCAUCAGCAAAUAAUCUAGUCGAUGCCAUAAGAUUCCUACUCGAGGAGUGCAAAGUCAAUUAUGUAGUAUACAACAAGUCUGGCAAUUCACCUCUUCAGUGGGCCAUACAGACUAAAGCAAAGGAUGCUGUUCAAGAAAUUUUGAAACAUGAUUACAGAGUGCAUAGAGAAGAGUAUGAACAAAAAGGACUAAAACUAGAUUGCAAAGAUGAAACCAAACGAGAUGUUAGCCCUGAAUCCGUCAGGGGUUUUGUUGCCCUUGUUCAUUCCAUCAAGAAAGGACGGACAUUUAGGCUAAGUAGAGAACUAGGCAAUGGUGAGAGACUAGAUGAGGAUGCACAAGUUCUAUAUGGUGUUACUAAGGUAUCAGUAUAUUACUGGGUUGGUGAUGGAAACCAUGAAAGGCCACUUCUCUUGGAAGUAGAGACUGAAGAUGGUCAUAAGAAGUACUACUACAAAUAUGGUGGCGAACCAACUCCACACAUUUGGAAGCUCAAUAUAGGUAAGCAUUCACUACAGGUCCGACUUGAUGACAGAAACUGCGGUAUAAACAAUGCUGUCGUGUUUAACAUAGAAAAUUCAGAAUCUGGAUCUCUCCCUAAAAACUCUGAAUCUGAUUGCAUAAAGAGCAGAAAGAUAGAACUUGGUGGUUUUCAACAUCUUGCUGGUAGUAACUAUGUUUCUAAAGCACAUAGAAUAACUGAUCUUGACGGUAAAUAUAUUGACACAAAGAUAUCAAGAGUAACUUUGAAUGAUAGAUCUACUGAUAUUGAUCCCACUAAGUACGGUCCAGUUUCUCAAAUAAGACUCUACUCCUAUCAAGGUAGUGGAAAUGUACCUCUUAUGAUUGAAUUUAUAGAGCAUGGUACUAAAAAGACCACCUUUUAUGAGAGUACAGAUCGGAAUCAUCUUAGUUGGAGAGAAGUCGGUAGUGGUAACAGCUUCUAUGAUGACGGAGGUCUCCCAUUACCUGCUCUUUCUGAAAAGCUUGACGAGGUAUUAUGCUAUCACUAUAGUAAUGUUACAUUGGAUAUAUCCUACACCAAAUCUAGAUCGGGACAACCAUAUUGUUGUGAACAUCAUAAAGAGGAUAGGGAUAAAAGAGUAACUGUCACCCCUGGAGAGAUAACAGUAGAUAGUUCUCCAAUGACUAAGUACUACAAGCAUUCCAUUAAAAAUGGAGAGAACAUAUCUGGUAUUAAAUUUUAUGAGAAUGGCGGUCAGGAUAAAAGGAAUAAGAUAAACCUUUUAGGAUCACCAUUUCCAAUAUCUGUAAAGAGUGUUUAUGUAUUUUACUGCACAGGGGACAGUCCAUCGCUCAUAUACGUCGAUACUGGAAACCCUACAGCAAGAGGUUGGUAUAAGGAUAUUGGUAGUCAGUGGGUGUGGAACCCGAAACUUAGUGUUAUAAACUCUAAUGACAUAGAUGGUAAGCUUACUUGUGCGAAGUGGACUAGGCUAAAAGAGGUGCUCAAAGAAUGUAAUUGUACUUCCUUAAAUGAUUGCUCCGAUCCUAAUAAAGCUGAUGAGGAAAAGGAACUCAAACGACAAGAGGAUAAAGCACAAAGAGAACGAACUCAGGCGAUAACUAUACAUAAACAACCAGAUACUACUCUUCCUACAGUUAAACCUAGACUCUCUUCAGGUUCUAAUGGUUCCGGAAGUAGUAGUGAUGAAGGAAGAUCUUCUAGUAGCGGUUAUAGUUCAUCCUCACCACAGAUUCAAGUACAAACACAAACAGAUUCUGGAGUAACCAUUAAGCUUAAAGAAAACCAAAAGGUAAAUAAUGGCGGAACUCCUCAUAAAUAUAAAGAUACUCUUGGUGGUAAAGAUAUUACUGUCAUAAGAUCUGAAACGUACUCUGGCUUCUACAAGUAUACUCAUACCUUAACAACAUCAUCAAAACUCGAAAAAAUAGAAGAUGAUAGCAAUCAACCUAUUCCAGGACCUACCAAUAUAAAUAAUGUCUCAUCAGUUGCAGCUUAUUACUGGAUACACGAGACCACUAAGAAUCCAUUGCUAAUUGAGAUAGACGAUAGCGGUGAUUUUAAGUACUAUGAAAAUAUAGGGAAUGUCUGGAGUAAGUAUGAGCAUACAUCAGAAUCAACAGGUAAACUAAAUGAUACCCAGCUUGUCCAUAGGCUAACCUUGCUCAAUUGUGAGAUCAACGAUGUUGUUAAAAUAGAUGUUGGAAAACGGAGUAGUUAUGAUCCUUGUAAUGAACGAGAUAAUAGACCAAAUUAUAAGCAUACUAACGACAAGAUCGUUGUUUUCAAAGAUACUAAUGCAUCCAAAAAUUUACUAAGCUACUCUGUUUACACUCAUAGGCUCAAGACAAUUGGUACAUCUACACAAAAUUUUCACAUAGCAGGUUUUAAAGAUUCUUAUAGAGGGACUCUUACUGGAAUUUCACAUGUUACGAUCCUAGAUGUGAAAGAAGUUAAAGUUUAUAUCUGUGAUAGACCUCUACUGAUAUAUCUCGAUACUAGUUCGAGGAGUUACUUCAGGAAAUGGUAUAAAUAUGACGGUAGUGGUAAUUGGACAGUAGUUUCUAUUAAAGAUAAUCCUUCAUACAACAAAGAUUACGAUAAGAUACUUGGAAUACUAGACGGACUGAAUAGCGCGUGUUCUCCCCCUGAGGUCACUAUUGAUAUUGAGAAAAAGAAAGGUCGAUACAGAGAUCCUAAUUCCAUCAGGAGAGUAAUGAUAGAAGUUGAAAAGACCGAAGGUUCAAGUCAAAAGGGGGAUCCUCCAGAGCAUUACAAUAGGUAUGAUCAUAUAGUAGUUGGUAAAGAAGAUAGUUACUUUACACUCUCUGGACUUUUAUAUAAUGGAAAUGGUCAUGAGAAUAAGAUCAGCGCUAUAAGUACUAUGGAAAGUGUUACUUCAGUCUCUGUCUACUAUUGGCAGCAUCUUCCUACCGGGAGACCUUUACUCCUAAGAAUUGAGCAAGCUAAGAGUAAGAGUGAUCCCACAGGCGCUAAGACAUAUACUUGGUACGAGAAUACAGGUGAAGAUGGAAAUAAAAAGUGGGAGAAAUGGGAAAAUGGAUCCACAGAUGGCCUCCAAAAUAAACUGACUCUCAUUAAUUGCCGUAUUAAUCAUGUAACUGUAAUUGACAUUUCAAAGAAAUCUAAUGAACAAUACUGCCAUGAAGGUGAUGAACAUAAACCUUGGCUAAUUAAGGUUGAGAAUGCCAAACAUGAUGAACCCUAUAAAAAAUUGGAAAGCCUUGCAAUAUACAAACAUUCUAGACCAAGUGGAGGAAAGUUUCACAUAUCUGGUUUUAGAAAUGGAUCUACGGAUAUUACUCUUCAAGAUCUUACUCCAUCUUUACCUGCACUGUAUGUAGAAGAAGUCUUUGUCUAUUUUUGCGGUUCUACUAAAGAUGGCAAACCUCUGGUGAUGAACUUUAAACGUAGUACUAAUGGUAAACCAAACGACCAAGAGGAGGAUGUAUGGUACAAGCAACCUCCUGGAAAAGAUGAGGGUCAUUGGGUCAAACUAGAUCCUAAUGAAAAGCCCAAAGAAGGUACUAGUAGAGAUGCUUCUCCUGAAGGUAAUAAUCCUGCUGGACCUCCUUCUACUCCUCUACCUCCUGCUCCCGGAGAACCUGCCGCUCUUGGUGCUGAAGCUGGUAUUCUCGCUGGCGCUAGCCUGUAUGGUAUCAUAUCUGGCCCUCUUUCCGGAUCCGCUGGUCUUACUGGACUUGAAACUCCACUACAAGAUGAAUGGAAACUUGAUUCAGUAGCAAGGGAAUUCUACGGCAUUGUAGAAUAUACCGAUGCAUAUAAAGAAAUUAAUCGCAUAGACUUGCUAAAAAAGAACCUUUUCGGUAAUAGUCCCCUAUCUGAUGCCUUUAACUCGAAUGAUCUCGACAUAUUGCAAGUUAUCCUAGAACACCCCGUGGCUGGUGUAUUGGAAGAGGCUCAAGGUGUUUCUAUGGAGGAAGAAGAAGAAGAUGCCAAAACUACAGGCCCACAAAAACACGACAUUAUCAUUCACAACUUCAAAUUUGGUGAUUCAAAUGUCAAGAUAAGAGAAAUGGCAAUACGUGGGAGCGAAAUAUUAGAUGCCAAAAAUGCAGAGUUUGACCUCUCAGGAGAAAUUGUCUGGGAAUCCUCAAUCGUGGCAUCACAAUGGCUUAGCAUGUUGAUUAAAACUGGAAGUUUGAGUGGAAGGAAUGUACUAGAGCUUGGUGCUGGAUGUGGUCUCUUGGGACUUGCAGUUCAUGCAUGCGGCUUGAACUCUGGAUCCCCUCUAGACGUCCUACUUACUGACUACUCCACCCAGACAAUGGAUAAUCUGAAAUUUAAUGUUGACUUGAAUGGGUCAAAUGUAAAAAUCGCACAACUUGAAUGGAACGAUGACAAGACUUGGCCAAAGGUUCCAUAUCCAUGUAUUAUCGGAAGUGAUCUUGUCUAUGAAUCGGACCUUGUGAAGCCUCUUUGUAAUGUAGUUUCUCAACUCUUGUCAAAGCCUGACGGAGAGUUUUUCUAUGUAUUCAAGUCCACCAGAAAUGGUGCGGAUUUACUACCAAAGGAACUUGAAAGCCACGGAUUAUUGGUAGAAAUGCAGCCGGCUCCAAAGGAGUUUAUGGUCAAUCCUCUCGUUGACAAGGAUCAGUACGAAUUAGUUGAGCUACUUGUGAGGGAGGAUGAGUGUAUGGAUGAGGAGUAG